AGGAACAAUCAUACAUAUUAUGCUGCAAAAACCAUGUUACCCCAUGUUAGAUCUGACUUUAGUGGAAGAAGAAGAAGAAGGAGAAGCAGCAGAUUCCAGUAAAGAAAUCUUUUGUCUGAAGCUGUUGAAACUUGCAUACAUUGCUUGGAUUAGAAUAGAAGUAAGAUGCCUGCCUGGUGAAAAUCCCCCCAAACUUCUUAUCAUUGAUUUUUCCCCAAGCUCCCAUCUUACCAAACACUGAAUAAGGCUUCCCACCUAAGUGACAGACAUUUCACCAAGCCAAAACUCAAACCAAGAAACAUUCCCAUUUCCCAUUCCCCAUUUCUGCACUUUCCAGUCUUACUGCAAAAAGCUCCAUCUUCGCGGGAAUUGGCUUGAGUGUGGGAAAAACAUGGCAGCAAAAUCGGACUUGGCACAGAAGCUGCUGCACGAUCUCCGGCUCAGGAAGGAACGGAUGGCUGCUGCUCAGAAUUCCGGGAAUUCACACUCCUCGUCAAGAGGAGGAUAUGCAAAUGCUGGACAACCUCACCGGGGUUCUCGACAGAUAAAAACUCUAGAAUCCGCAGGUUCAAGAACAAGGAAUUCACAGAUAUCCGGGAGGGGGGGAAACAGAUCAUUCCAUGUUCAAGAAUCUGCUGGGCAGAUUGUUCCUUAUGCAGCUGGAAGAAAGAUAGAUCUGUCCAUGGCAAUCACAUUUGCCAUCGAAAAUCGAGGGAAGUUUACUAAACUGAACUCUUCAGCCAACAAUUCAGUGCUGGGAUUUAUCCAUCAGAUUGGGCAGAGAUCACUGGAUUUGGGGAAAAUGGAAAGGAGAGGUUUUGAUAAGUAUCAUAAUCCUUCAAGCAGCCAGAUUGUUACUCUCUCGAGUGUUCAAGUCGGUGAAAUCUCGAAAGGGAUACAGAGGAUAAACCAGAUCCUCAAAGCCUGCUCGGAUGGCGUUAACUUUGACAGAUACUCAGUUGAAGUUGGGAAGGAGCUCUUGAAAGGUGCCAUGGAUUUGGAGUCAUCCCUGAGAAUGCUUGUGAACCUGGAGGAAACAUCCAACUACAUGAUCAACCCUAAACGAAAGAACCGGAUAACGUUGCUCGAUGAAGAUGAAGAUGAGGUUAGUGCUGCAGAAACAGCAGAUCAGAAGCUGCAACUGGACCUUCCAAGAUUCUCGUUCGAUAAGCCCUCGAGAAAAUCACACAGCAAGAAAGAAACGAGUGAACCGCGACUUCUAGCCCUGACAUAUCCAGAGAAAACUCUUCCACCAAAUGAAAAGAAACCUCAUAGAAGAUCAGCUAGUAUUUCAGUUUUCAAGGCUCUUUCUGCAAAUUUGGAGCCCAAAAACCAGGCAAAUGCAUCAAUGAUUGGAGCAGAAAAAGGGAGAAUUUCGAAUGUCAUUGCAAAACUUAUGGGACUGGAUGAAGUUCCCCAAAUUGCAGAUGUGAAGGCAACAAGACAGUCAUCAACCUCUAAGAAGAAAGAAUCUCCAGAGCUGAAGAAACCUGCACAUUCCAGCGUUCGAUCGACUACUGAUUCAGAAAACAAGCCACCCCACAACAUUGAUAAGAAAACUAAACAAUCCAAGAAUGUAUUGUCAUCUCUGGAUGCCAUAGUUCCCCUUAAAGAUGGUGGUUCUGCCAUGGUUGCCUCUGAUACAAUCUCACAUCAGAAGGGGGCGAAACAAGCAGUUAGACAGAAUCACCAAAGCAACAUUGCUCAAAUUUAUCAACUCCCUGGAAAUCUCCUGAAAAUGGAGAAAGAGCCACCAAAUCAUGGAAGCAGUGAAACCAUCUCGAAGAACGAGGCACAGCCAAACCUUCCACAAAAGCACAAGAUGGAAGUCGCUGAAAACUUGUCGCCGCAAAUAACCAAGCACAGGAAGAACAUACAUCAGACAGAAAACAAAGUAGCUGACAGACUUCUUCCGGAGAACCAACAAACUCCCCUCGAAAAAACUGAAGCCCCUCGGCUGCAAAAGCCAAGAAAACCUGAUGGGAUGGAGGACAUGAACCAGUCAGAUAGAAAAGAGCAAAAAUUGGAAGUCAGAAAGCCCAAUGGAGGUCAAGUAGAGACCAGAAUUUCACAGACAUUUAGGAAUAAAACAGGUAGUGUUCAAAAAAGGCAGCCUUCAAAUGGAAAGUUUGCAAGGACUCAGAAAGAUCUCUCAAACAGCAUACACCCUGAAGAGCUUGCCAAAAAUGGGAAAUCUUCAGGGCCUAGAGCCACUAUGCAAAGCGUUGAUCAAAACGAGUCUCCACAGGCAUUAACACCCAGAACCCAGAAGGUUGCACAAGAGAAGCCUAUCAAGGUGCCAGUCAUAAAGAAGAAAGAAAGUUACAUUCAAAUCCACAGAAAAGAAGCAUCUAAAAGUAUAGAUGGAUUGGAUGGUAGAAAAGGAACCCCCAAACCCAUGGCUGGGCCAUCGAAACAGCAGCUACCAAUAUUGCAAGUGAAAAAACAGACGAAACAUAAUGUGAAAAGCAGCACAGCCGUGAAAGCAGGCAAAUCGAGUGAAGAACAUUCCAAGGAAUCAAAUGGAAACAUCUCUGAAUUUGAAACAUCAGAAAUAGGCAGUGAACCAAAAGAAGAGUCCUGCAACAUUGCUGGUGAAAACAUAUGCAGAAACCCGAAUGCCUUGACAUCUCCUAGUUCUAAUGGAAAUAAGAAAGAUGCAAUGGAACUAAGUAUGAAUGAAUUCCAAGAUGAAGAACAACAACUGGGAUUUGGACAAAACCCAGAAAUCAAUCCACAAAAUACUUCACAAAAUCAGCAAGUUUAUGAUGUUUCAGGGCACCAAGAAACCAGUAAGCUAUCCCAAGAAGAAGAGCUUAAAAUCACCCCCACGAAAACUUCAGAAAACCCACCAGGACUGAAAACUGGUACUUUUGCACCAGCGAUACACGAGCCACUGACUGAAUCAGAAAAGCAUCUUAAGGAGACACUGAUCAAAAGCCAUCUAUUCCUCAGCACUGCAGAGGCGCUUCUGAAGCUCAACUUACCGAUCAGCGUUCUCCAUGCCACUGAUCAUAUCAACCAAGGUGCAGACUUUAAGCUCACAGCAGACUGUGGCUAUGAAGUACUGAGAAGAAAAGCAAGGAGCCAAGAACUCUCACUCCAUCCCUGUGCAAAAAUAAGCAUCAGCUACACCAAGGUAAGAUCUUUAGAUGAUCUGAUCAAGCAACUGUGCAGAGACUUUGACAAGCUGAGCUCCUAUGGCUGGAAUGGCCGGGAAUCAUGCGACUCAUCGCAGUAUUUCAACAAUAUGCUUGCGAAAGACAUGCAAAAUCGCGACCCGGACAUCAACUGUAUGUGGGAUUUUGGGUGGGAUGAGACCAUGUUUGGCUUCCUAGAAAAAGAUGAGAUUGCAAAGGAUGUUGAAAAGCAUUUGCUUAAGGGACUCAUAGAUGAGAUCACCAUCGACUUAUUAUAAUGCCUCUGCAAUAAGCAUUUAGUUCUGUAAAGAUUGAAAUGAAACCAUCAAAGCUGAUUUCUUUUCUUCAAUAGUUUUUUUAUUCUUGAAAUCAAAGCUGAUGAAUGGUUCAGUAUAUGCAUGUCCUCAUUUUGAAGAUUAAAAAUAAGAAAAAGUCAACGGCUUUGUGAUCAA